UGUAAACACACAAAAUAAGCAGAAGCGGGCUUGCACAAAAAAGGCAGAAGCGGAGGAGCGCAGAAAGACAGAGACGAAGACGAAGACGAAAACUCGGGCUCGGCAUUCCAACAAAACCACUCCAAUGGGAGGGACAGCCACAAACGCCGAGACCUCUUCCCCCUCCUGCCCGUCCACCCCGCGGAAAUACUACUUCUACUACGGCCACCGCGCCCCCUCCCGCAACCACCGCCCCGUCGUGCGCGGCGGCCUCUUCUCCAGCCUCAAAUCCCUCCCUCGCCGUCCCCCAUCUCUUCCCCCUCCCUCCUCCUCCUCCUUCGACUUCCGCUCCUGGGAUCCCUUCCCUUCCCCUUCCGGACCGCCCUCCCCCUCCCCCUCCCAACCGUGUCUCUCCGCCGCCGACCGCCGGCUCUCCCCUCUGGCCCGCUUCGUCCUCGGCGUCCUCCGCCGGCACGGCCGCUGGGGCGUCCCCGUCGUCUCCGAGCUGUCCAAGCUCCGGCGCGUGCCCCCCUCCCUGGUGGCCGAGGUCCUCCGGUCCCCUCGCCCCCGGCUCCCGCCCUCCCUCUCCACCCCCUUCUUCCUCUGGGCCUCCCGCCAGCGCCUCUUCCGCCCCUCCUUCGCCUGCUUCAACGCCCUUGCCCACUCUCUCCACGCCUCCCGCCUCCCAGCCGCCGCCGACCAGGUCCCCGACCUCAUGCUCGCCCUCGGCAAGCCUCCUUCGGAGAAGCAGCUCGACGUCCUCGUCCGCCUCCACUCCCGCGCCAGCCGCCCCCUCCGCGCCCUCCACGCCCUCCGCCGCUUCCGCUCCCAUUUCGGCCUCCGCCCCCGCGUCUUCCUCUACAACCGCGUCCUCCACGCCCUCGUCUCCGCCGGCCACCUCGACCUCGCCCUCUCCCUCCACCGCGACCUCCGCGCCGACGGCCUCAGGGAGGACGCCCUCACCUUCACCAUCCUCGCCAAGGGCCUCUGCCGCGCCGCCCGCAUCGACCCCCUCCUCCGCCUCCUCCACCGCAUGCGCGCUGAGCUCUGCCGACCUGACCUCUUUGCCUACACCGCCAUGCUCAAGCUGCUCCUGGCCGCCCCCGCGAACACGAGCAUGGACGGCUGCCUCACGCUCUGGGACGAGAUGCGCAAGGAUGGUGUCGAGCCCGACGUCAUGGCCUACGCCACCAUGAUCUCGGGCCUCUGCAACUUUGGGCGGGCUGACAAGGCCCGUGAAUUGUUCGACGAAAUGAAGAAGAAGAAGAAGUUCCUGAUCGACCGCUCCGUGUACGGGGCUCUCAUCCGGGGGUUCGUGGCGGAGGGCAAGGUCGACGACGGAUGCAGCCUGCUGAGGGAGAUGGUGGACGAUGGGUACCGCGUGGAUCUGGACAUAUAUAAUUCCCUUAUCGGCGGACUCUGCGGUGUUGGGAGAGCCGAUAAUGCCCGUAAGCUCUUCAUGAUCGUAGUGAAGGAAGGUCUCGUGCCGAAUUUUCAGACUGUGACUCCACUGCUGGCCUCCUACGCUGACGGCGGAGAGAUGAGCAAGUUUUUCCGAUUGGUCGAUCGGCUGGUUGAGUUGGCAUUGCCGGUUAUUGAUCACCUGUCUGAUUUCUUCACUUCUUUUGUGGGGAAGAGCGGGAGAGAAUUUAAAGCUGUGGAGGUGUUUGAGUCCGCGAAAGGAAAAGGUUAUUGCAGUGUCGGCAUCUACAAUAUUCUUGUUGAGAGCCUUUACAAGAUCAAGGAAAGGAAGCAGGUGCUUUUGUUAUUCGAGGAAAUGAAGGGUUCGAAAGAAUUCCAGCCGGAUUCGUGUACGUAUAGUCUCGUCAUCCCUUGCUUUGUCGAUGAGGGGGAUGUCAGAGAGGCGUGCUCUUGCUACAAUUCAAUGAUGCAAUCGUCUUGGACGCCGAGCGUCUCGGCCUACUGCUCUCUCGUAAAAGGGCUAUGCAAGAUCGGGGAGAUAAAUGCAGCUCUUACGCUUGUCAAGGAUUGCCUUGGGAGUGUAACAAGUGGUCCGAUGGAAUUUAAAUACACCUUGACGAUUCUCGAUGCUUGCAGAUCAAAAAAGCCAGAGAAGGUCAUUCAGAUAUUUGACGAGAUGAUUGAACUAGGUUAUCUGUUGGAAGAUGUUGUAUAUUGUGCUGUCAUUCAUGGUUUCUGUAAGUACGCGAGCUCAGGAGAAGCAAGAAAGGUUCUUGCAGUUAUGAGAGAUCGCAAGCUUCUCACUGAUGCUAAUUAUAUUGCUUAUGAGGAAAUACUAAAUGAGCAUUUGAAGAAGAUGACUGCGGGCUUAGUGAUCUCAGGUUUGAAGUUCUUCGGCCUUGAAUCAAAAUUGAAAUGGACGGCCAACCCGGAUUAACCAUGGCUAGGAAAAAAGGUCUUUAUUUUGGAUGCCUUAUCGAGGUAUAGAGCGGUUGAUGCUCAUGAAGCUGAAAAUAUAGUGGAGCGAGUUACUUCAUGUCUCCAACAUGCAAAUUGUGCUAUAGUGGUUUCUGCUGUCAAAAUGAUUCUUCAGCAAAUGGAACUUUUUACUAGCACUGAUGUGGUAUGAAAUCUUUGUAAGUAGAUGGCACCUCCUCUUGUUACUCUCCUUUCAGCAGAACCCGAGAUUCAGUAUGUAGAUUGCAGAACAUCAAUCUUAUUGUACAGAAAAGGCCUACUAUACUUUGACAUGAGAUUAAGGUUUUCUUCUGCAAGUACAAUGACCCAAUCUAUGUUAAGAUGGAGAAAUUGGAGAUAAUGAUUAUGCUUGCCUCCGAUUGGAAUAUAGAUUAGGUGUUGAAAUAUUUCCAUGCGUAUUGAGAUUUUAACUCCUAGUAUUCAUGAAAGCAAUCAAUAAGAGAGAUCAGUACUCUGAUGGAGUUUGCCCUUGCAAAUCACAUGAUGCCCUAUCUUACAUGAUUUUACUUUAUAUAAAUUGCUUGCCUAAUUUGCAAGGCUUUACCUUAUGUAUUCAUUGGUGUCAAAAUUUGUCAAGUUCAUUGACACUCUCAAGCAUCCUUAGUUCUUGCUUUGGUUGAUUUUCAAUUUCUGGAUUUUGGAAUGGCUUGAACAAUGGAGAUGGUGGUGAUUUAAACAGUAAACAAUUAACUUGAAUCUUAUGGAAAAUGUAGCCUACUUCCGUUUCUGCUAUGAUAUAAUCGUCUGCAUGAGUGAAAGAAAAUCUGCUGAUUCAUAGAAUAUGCUACAGACGUAAAUGUACAUUUUGUUACGAAGGCUGUUCGAGCAAUCGGAUGGCGCACGAUUAAGUUGGAGAGAGCUGCCGAACGUUGCAUUAGUGUUUUGCCAGAGCUGAUAAUGAUCAAAUUUAACUAUGUUGUCCAAGAUGCUAUUUUUGUUAUUAAGGGUCUUUUUAGACGCUAGCCUAACAUGACAACAUCUACGAGUCCAUUAUUGCAACCCUGUGCGAGAGUUUGGACACUUUUAGAUGAGCCAGAGGCUAAAGCAUUACCUGGGUAAUUGGGGAGUAUGCCGAAAGAAUUGAUAAUGCUUAUGAGCUCUUUGAGAGCUUCCUAGACAGUUUUCCUGAAGAGCCUGCAUUGGUACAAUUGCAAUUGUUCACAGCGACUGUCAAAUUAUUUCUUAAGAAGCCAACGGAGGGCCCAUAGCAGAUAUUUCCGGCUACCACUGUUUUCUUUUACAUUCUUUUUCUCACGUAACUUUGUACUAUUUUACAUAUUUCCUGUUAAAAAGGAAUAUUGAUCUCAUCCUGCGAAUGGGAACUUAUUGUUCUCUUCCCUUAAACGCGUCUUCAAUAAUAUCAUUGUAUAUUCCCUAUGACGUACAAAUGCUUGCUUUGCUUUUGGAAUUGUCUGCAUAAGAUAAUCAUUUCAAUGGAGCUCGAUCAGCAUUGACUUACUCUAUUGAUAUGGAGUUUGAGCAGCACUGUUAUGUAACAACUUGUAAUUCUUGCUUCUUGUCUAAUCACAUGAAAACGUCAUUGUUCGUCACAUACUGUAGCGAUUUUCUGGGUGCUUCCUAUUAUAACUUGCAUAGGUAAUAAUGUGCAGGCUGUUCUAAACAAUGCCACUGUUGAGACAGACAAUCCUGAUCUUCGUGAUCGGGCAUACAUAUACUGUCGUCAUCUCUCUACUGAUCCUGAGGCCGCAAAAGAUGUAGUUCUGGCAGAAAAGCCAUCCAUCAGUGACGAUGUAAACCUUUUAGACCCUUCUCUUCUUGAUGAGCUCCUCGCAAACAUUGGCUCCCUUUCUUCAGUGUACCACAAACCUCCAGAAGCUUUUGAAAGCCGUGCAAGGACUGCCGCGCUUAGAACAGAUGAUGAGGAAUAUCCUGAUGGAGGUGAAACAGCUUAUUCUGAGUCACCCUCUCAUGCAGCUGAUGCCGUACCGGCACUUGUCACUGCUUCUGGCACAAGUGCUGUUACACAUGCAGCUGCAAGGCAGCUAGCAUCUCCAGCCACUGAUCCUGUGCAACUCCUGUGCCGGAUCUGCUUGGUGAUUUAAUUGGGCUGGAUAACUCCAUCCUAGCUGUUGAUCAACCAACUACACCUUCAGGGUCACCUUUACCAGUAACACUGCCUUCCUCAACCCGUCAAGGUCUACAGAUAAAUGCGUAGCUUGUGCGACACGAUGGCCAAAUAUUUUACAUCAUAUAGUUUGAGAACAAUUUACAGAUUGUGCUAGAUGGCUUCAUGACACAAUUCAACAAGAAUGCAUUUGGUUUUGUUGCUGCUGUUCCUCUUCAGAUAUGGGCAUGGGACCAUAUACAUAUUGGACGUCCCGAUCGAGUUGGAGCUCCGCCGGAUCUGCAUGAUUGUCCAUUGGGUUGUCGGUGGAACAUAAGAUUGCGAUUUCGUAGAAAUGUUAGAGCGACUGACAUCGAGUUUUAUCGCGAUGAGCUAGAUCAGCAGAGGGAGUCACAAGUUACAUGGAUGCCCUAUACGGAGGAUGUUUUGAACGGUCUUCCUGCAUUUUGUCUUGAGGGCUCUGCAAUCUGGCGUUCGAGAACUUCUUUGAUAUGCUAUCAUAUUGUCGAGUUAUAUUUACCUGAUAGAGUUCUGCGUCAGUUUAGAUUGCUGCAGCAUAUACCGAAGCCCGUAGAAGCUAUGCAGAGAAUCACCUCACAUGGUAGAUCAGGCGAGGACUAGACAGCAUUUCAUGCUCCAUAUAUUCAACGUUAGGCAGAUCGUCUGGAGCAUAUUGCGGAUCAGAGUCCUUUCGUCGAUCCAGAUUCGAUACGAGCUAUCUCUGUGUACAUGCAGUGGUAUUCGGGGAUUACAAGGUGGUGGAUUUCUCGUCCUGUAUAGUGGCCUCCACUUACUUUUCUGUUGCGUGGGAAUGUCGAGCGACGAUUGCAUGCUGUUAGCAGUAUUGGUCAUUUGAUGGAUGAUCCUCCGGAGCCCAUGAUGGAUGCUCUAGCACAUGUGAGGUGGGAUCUCAAGACUGUGUUAGAGAGCCUUCCGACAUUACCCGUGACAGGGCAUUCGGAUGUUUCUUCUCCAACUUUUGGCGAUUUCGGUGAUAUUCUCUCCACCUCCGCACCUGCAUAUGAUUUCGGUGAUAUUCCCUCCUCCGCACCUGCAUAUGAUUUCGGUGAUAUUCCCUCCACCUCGAUGCCUGCGUAUGAUUUUCCAUCGACAUCCGUCCGAAUUCAUCCAUCUGAUGUCCCUUCGACUUCUGAUGCCCCUUCGACAUCGGAAGUGCAGUUUGAUAUUCCGCCGGCAUCCAUCCCUCCAUUGGAUAUUCCAUCUACGUCAGAGGUUCGUCGUGAUGAUGUUGUAUAUCGACGUAGGCGACGACGACAGGGUCAUAUUGAGACGCAGGAAGGGAUACUACCAUCAGCUGUUGAGCAAGGGAUGGAGCCGAUUGUCGAGGGCAUCGCUAUCGAGUAUAUUGAUUAGAUGCAUGUCAUUGAGCCCGUGCAGCCUGAGAUGGAGCAUGACAUACAUAUUCGAGGACGGAGUCGAGGACGCGGUCGUCGACGCGGACGUGGACGUGGCAGGGGACGAGGGCGAGACCAUAGGACGGGGAUGGAGGGGACUUGAUUUUUUUUAUCAUUUUUGGGAUUCUUAUGUAUAUUUGAUAUUUCAGAUCUUUUUACAUUGAUUUUUGAUAGUAUCAUCUAAAUUUAUUCAUAUUGAAGUAUGUUGAUAUUGGUAUAGCUUAUUUUAUAUGCUUAAAAUGUGGUUGAAGUUGGUA